AUGAACAUCCAUCUCCCUGCGAGGAGAUUAACCUCUUCCGCUUCUUCAACUCUUCAAUCCAUCGCACGACCAACGAGGCCUCUUAUUCUUCCCUUGCGCCCGGCCACUCAAGUUCGAUGCAAAUGGGGCUUCUCUGGCAUGUUCGGCCGCAAGAAGAGCAAUCCUGUUGAGGAUUCCUUCAGCGGUGGCCAGAACCUCAACGACCCCAAGAUCCGUGAGCAAUUCGCCAAGAAGCAGCAGGCUUCGCUUUCCAAUUCCAUUUUCGAAGAGGAAGUUGAGGAUGCUGUCGCCGAGGGCGGAAAAACUGCCCCCGGGAUGCAAAGCUCUGUGAAGACGGCAGAAACUAUGUCGUACCGGGUUGACCCCGACCCGCGAGCUCGUCUACGAUGGGAGAGGAAGAAAGUCAUCCAGAUGGUUCGUCGCAACGGCCGCGUCAGCCGCUCUGAGCGCAUCGCCCAGACAGAGAAGGAGCUCCAGCAUAAGAGUCCCUUCCUGGAGACCAGCGUCAAGAAACUUGUGCACCUAGCUCGCCAAGUACAGGGCAAGAGUGUGGAUGAGGCGAUUCUGCAGAUGCGAUACUCGAAGAAGAAGAUGGCCCGGGAGGUCAAGUAUCAGCUCGAAGAAGCUCGAGAUCUGGCCAUCGUCAGCCGCGGCAUGGGUCUGGGUAAAUCACAUGAUCCAAUCAAGAUCGAGACCAAGGACGGCAAAGCUUUGAGAGUCGACAACUCAUCGAAGCUCUACGUCGCGGAGUCUUGGGUGGGAAGAGGACCCUGGAGAUCCAAGUCGAUGGACUACAAGGGACGAGGCAGAUUUGGCAUCAUUCAAUCACCGUCAACUAGCAUUUCUGUCGUGCUGAAGGAGGAGAAGACGAGACUACGCGAGCACAACGAGAGAGAGGCGAAACAAGCGCGGAGGAAGCCCUGGGUCCACUUGCCUGAUAGGCCGGUGUCUGCGCAAAGACCCUACUACUCCUGGUAG